CACGUUCCCGCGUUGGCCGGCCGGUUUGUCGCACGUAUUACACCGCGGCAGUCACAUGCUGCACGCUUUAGCCUCCACAUUGCGAGUGGCAUCAUGGCAGUUUUACUCGAAGCAGUCGAAUUUAUAAAUUAAAAAAAAAAUAAGAAAGCGCGCGAAAAUGUAUUUUCGAAAUGAAUUUAAAUUUCGUAACUUUGAAGCUUGUCAAGAGAAUUGAUAAUUUAAAUAAAUUAAAAGUUUGUUAGAAAGUUAUAAAAAAAUGAAAUUAACAACACUUAUUAGCGACAGUUUUGAAAGCGUGAAGAGGCGUAUUUAUUUGAUAUUGUGGAUCUCAUUAGUGCUGUAUCUUUUUUACGAUACAUUUAAUUAUUAUAGCGUUGGACAUCAAUUUUAUCAUUUAAGAAGAAUAUUAGGGUUAGGACUAUGCAUCUCCCGUGGCACGGCAACUGUUAUAAAUUUGUGUUGCGCUUUGGUGUUACUUCCUCUAUGCAAGAAGUUAAAUCAGUUGCUGUACAGAGUAUUAUCGAAACUAUGGCCAGGACUGUUCUUUUUCUGGUUAGAAAAAGCGAAGAGUUUUCAUAUGACAGUUGCAAUUACGUUGUUAAUUUUUGCUGUGGUGUUCUAAAGGAACAAAUUAUAGAAACUGAAGCUAGUCUUAAUGAUAGUCAAGAUGAGAAUACUCCGAGAUUCGUAGCCAUCAAAUCAACGGCGUGGGCGUGGGCGAGGCGAGGCGAGGCGAGGAGUCGCCUCACCCUGGGCGAAAAAGUCAUUUGA